CCGUGUCCGCCUCUCUCUGUCACCCCAUUCCUCCUCCACCUCCCCCUUUCUUCUCACCCAUUAAGUCUAUUUGCAUAAUGGCUUCCCGGCGCCUAGCGUUCAACCUUAACCAGGCUCUGCGGAGUCGCGCCGCCCUCAAGGCCAUCCAGCCUGUGAAGCGUGGCUUUGCUUCGCCGGUUACCCUGCCUUCCACCACUCAGUCGACGACUCUGUCCAAUGGAUUCACGAUCGCGACCGAGCACUCCCCGUGGGCUCAGACUUCCACUGUCGGUGUCUGGAUCGACGCCGGUAGCAGGGCCGAGACUGACAAGACCAACGGUACCGCGCACUUCCUCGAGCAUCUUGCGUUCAAGGGCACCAACAAGCGCAGCCAGCACCAAUUGGAGCUUGAGAUCGAGAACAUGGGCGCUCACCUGAACGCCUACACCUCGAGAGAAAACACCGUCUACUACGCCAAGGCCUUCAACAACGAUGUCCCCAAGGCCGUCGACAUCCUCUCCGACAUCCUGCAGAACUCGAAGCUGGAGGCCGGUGCCAUCGAGCGCGAGCGUGACGUGAUCCUGCGCGAGCAGGAGGAGGUUGACAAGCAGCUGGAGGAAGAGAACAUCCAGACCAUCUCCCGCGACAACCUCGAGAACUACAUCAAGACCAACUACACCGCCGACCGCAUGGUCCUGGUCGGUGCCGGUGGCAUCCCCCACGAGCAGCUCGUCCGUCUCGCCGAGGAGCACUUCGGUGCUCUCCCCAACAAGCCGCCCACCUCUGCCGCCGCCGCUCUCACCGCUGAGCAGAAGCGUCUGCCCGAGUUCAUCGGCUCCGAGGUCCGCGUCCGUGACGACACCGUCGGCUCGGCCCACCUGGCCCUGGCUGUUGAGGGUGUCAGCUGGAAGGAUGACGACUACUUCCUCGCCCUGGUCACCCAGGCCAUCGUCGGCAACUGGGACCGUGCCAUGGGCAACUCCCCUUACCUGGGCAGCAAGCUCAGCUCCCACGUCGAGCACCACGCUCUGGCCAACAGCUUCAUGAGUUUCUCCACCAGCUACAGCGACACCGGUCUCUGGGGUAUCUACCUCGUCUCCGAGAACCUGACCCAGCUCGAUGACCUGGUCCACUUCACCCUGCGCGAGUGGUCUCGCCUGUGCUUCAACGUCACCUCCGCCGAGGUGGAGCGCGCCAAGGCCCAGCUCAAGGCCUCGAUCCUGCUGUCCCUGGACGGCACCACCGCCGUCGCCGAGGACAUCGGUCGCCAGAUCAUCACGACCGGCCGCCGCUUGACACCGGAGGACAUCGAGAAGACGAUCGGCCAGAUCUCCGAGAAGGACGUGAUGGACUUCGCCAGCCGCAAGAUCUGGGACCAGGAUGUGGCCGUCAGCGCGGUCGGCAGCGUCGAGGGCGUCCUCGACUACAACCGGAUCCGCGCGGACAUGAGCCGCAACACCCUGUAAUCGAGCAAUGUGAUGUUUUUCUAACCCGUUUUGCGCGCCGCGCGGCCCAUGGCGCUUGUUCUUUUUCUUUUCUUUUCUGUUGGAGGGUAAUAGACCGCGGAGGUGGAGCCGGUAGCGUGUCUUGUACAGUACCAACUGUCGCUGAUAUACUAAAACUGUAUUGUUCUAUUA